GUGUCCGUCGGUCGGGCCGCGCGGGCGGCUCCGCGCGUGGCCCGGCGCUCGCGAGCUCGCCCCCUCGCUGCGGGCCCGGCCCGCCCGCUGCCGCCGCCUCCUCCCCCGGGGCGGCGCGGCGCCGGCGGGCGGCGGCGCGGAGGCCGGACCGGGCGGCGGCCCAGGCGGCGCGGGGGGCGCGGCGGCCAAGGCGGGCGGCGCAGGAGACAUGACGGACAACAUCCCGCUGCAGCCGGUGCGCCAGAAGAAGCGGAUGGACAGCAGGCCCCGCGCCGGAGCUUUGUUGGGAGUCUGGUUGAGUAAGAACUCUGGCCAGAAAAUGGCCCCAGAGGACUUGACUGCCAGCAGCUGUCUCAGACCUCAAGUGAUGGAGUCCGUGGUGACCCGGAUGCCACAGGCCUGGUGCUCCCGCCGGACCAGGACCAGGGGGCAUCAGUGGUGCUGUGAGUGGCUGAGAUGCUGUGGUGGAGGGGAGCCCAGACCCCGCACCGUCUGGUUGGGGCACCCCGAGAAGAGGGACCAGAGGUACCCUCGGAAUGUCAUCAACAAUCAGAAGUACAACUUCUUCACCUUUUUGCCUGGGGUGCUGUUUAACCAGUUCAAAUACUUCUUCAACCUCUACUUCUUGCUUCUCGCCUGCUCCCAGUUCGUCCCCGAGAUGAGGCUUGGAGCGCUGUACACCUACUGGGUCCCCCUGGGCUUCGUGCUGGCCGUCACCAUCAUCCGGGAGGCGGUGGAGGAGAUCCGAUGCUACGUUCGGGACAAGGAAGUCAACUCCCAGGUCUACAGCCGGCUCACAGCAAGAGGGACGGUGAAGGUGAAGAGUUCCAGCAUCCAAGUUGGAGACCUUAUCAUUGUUGAAAAGAACCAGCGGGUCCCUGCAGACAUGAUCUUCCUGAGGACAUCAGAAAAAAACGGGUCUUGCUUCUUGCGGACGGAUCAGCUGGACGGGGAGACGGACUGGAAGCUUCGGCUCCCCGUGGCCUGCACGCAGAGGCUCCCCACCGCCGCCGAUCUCCUUCAGAUUCGCUCGUACGUCUACGCGGAGGAGCCGAACAUCGACAUUCACAACUUCGUGGGUACUUUCACCCGAGAGGACAGCGACCCUCCGAUCAGCGAGAGUCUGAGCAUCGAGAACGCGCUCUGGGCUGGCACGGUCAUCGCGUCAGGUACUGUUGUGGGUGGUGUUCUUUACACGGGGAGAGAGCUCCGGAGCGUCAUGAAUACCUCAAAUCCUCGAAGUAAGAUUGGUCUGUUUGACCUGGAAGUGAACUGCCUCACCAAGAUCCUCUUUGGGGCUCUGGUGGUGGUGUCGCUGGUCAUGGUCGCCCUCCAGCACUUUGCCGGGCGCUGGUACCUGCAGAUCAUCCGCUUCCUCCUCUUGUUUUCCAACAUCAUUCCCAUCAGUCUGCGUGUGAACUUGGACAUGGGCAAGAUCGUGUACAGCUGGGUCAUCCGCAGGGACUCAAAAAUCCCCGGGACGGUGGUUCGUUCCAGCACGAUCCCCGAGCAGCUGGGGAGGAUUUCCUACUUGCUCACAGACAAGACAGGAACUCUUACCCAGAACGAGAUGGUUUUCAAACGGCUCCAUCUAGGCACCGUGGCCUACGGGCUCGACUCGAUGGAUGAAGUACAAAGCCACAUUUUUAGUAUUUACACUCAGCAGCCCCAGGACCCGCCUGCUCAGAAGGGCCCCACACUCACCACCAAAGUGCGGCGGACCAUGAGCAGCCGCGUGCACGAAGCGGUCAAGGCCAUCGCGCUCUGCCACAAUGUAACCCCCGUGUACGAGUCCAAUGGCGUGACCGACCAGGCCGAGGCCGAGAAGCAGUACGAAGACUCCUGCCGCGUGUACCAGGCUUCCAGCCCAGACGAGGUGGCCCUGGUGCAGUGGACCGAGAGCGUGGGCUUAACGCUGGUGGGCCGUGACCAGUCUUCCAUGCAGCUGAGGACCCCUGGCGACCAGAUCCUGAACUUCACCAUCUUGCAGAUCUUCCCUUUCACCUACGAAAGCAAACGCAUGGGCAUCAUCGUGAGGGAUGAAUCAACUGGAGAGAUCACGUUCUACAUGAAGGGGGCGGAUGUGGUCAUGGCCGGCAUCGUGCAGUACAACGACUGGCUGGAGGAAGAGUGUGGAAACAUGGCCCGGGAGGGGCUGCGGGUGCUCGUGGUGGCGAAGAAAUCUCUAGCAGAGGAGCAGUAUCAAGACUUUGAGGCCCGCUACGUCCAGGCCAAGCUGAGUGUGCAUGACCGUUCCCUCAAAGUGGCCACAGUGAUUGAGAGCCUGGAGAUGGAGAUGGAACUGCUGUGCCUGACGGGGGUGGAGGACCAGCUCCAGGCGGACGUGAGGCCCACACUGGAGACCCUGAGGAACGCCGGCAUCAAGGUUUGGAUGCUGACGGGGGACAAGCUGGAGACAGCCACAUGCACAGCGAAGAAUGCGCAUCUGGUGACCAGAAACCAAGACAUCCACGUUUUUCGGCUGGUGACCAACCGUGGCGAGGCCCACCUGGAGCUGAACGCCUUCCGCAGGAAGCACGACUGUGCCCUGGUCAUCUCUGGAGACUCCCUGGAGGUCUGCCUCAAGUACUACGAGUACGAGUUCAUGGAGCUGGCCUGCCAGUGCCCGGCCGUGGUCUGCUGCCGCUGCGCCCCCACCCAGAAGGCCCAGAUCGUGCGCCUCCUGCAGGAGCGGACGGGGAAGCUCACCUGCGCCGUGGGUGAUGGAGGCAAUGAUGUCAGUAUGAUCCAGGAAUCAGACUGCGGCGUGGGCGUCGAGGGAAAGGAAGGAAAACAGGCUUCGCUGGCCGCAGACUUCUCCAUCACUCAGUUCAAGCACCUUGGCCGGUUGCUCAUGGUGCACGGCCGGAACAGCUACAAGCGCUCAGCCGCCCUCAGCCAGUUUGUGAUCCACAGGAGCCUCUGCAUCAGCACCAUGCAGGCCGUCUUCUCCUCCGUGUUUUACUUUGCCUCCGUUCCGCUCUACCAAGGAUUCCUCAUCAUUGGGUAUUCCACCAUCUACACCAUGUUCCCUGUGUUUUCUCUGGUUCUGGACAAAGACGUCAAGUCGGAAGUCGCCAUGCUGUAUCCUGAGCUCUACAAGGACCUCCUCAAGGGACGGCCGUUAUCCUACAAGACAUUCCUGAUAUGGGUUUUGAUCAGCAUCUAUCAAGGGAGCACCAUCAUGUAUGGGGCGCUGCUGCUGUUUGAGUCAGAGUUCGUGCACAUCGUGGCGAUUUCCUUCACGUCGCUCAUCCUCACGGAGCUGCUGAUGGUGGCCCUGACCAUCCAGACCUGGCACUGGCUUAUGACCGUGGCCGAGCUGCUCAGCCUGGCCUGCUACAUCGCCUCCCUGGUGUUCUUACACGAAUUUAUUGACGUGUACUUCAUCGCCACUCUGUCCUUCUUGUGGAAAGUGUCCGUCAUCACUCUGGUCAGCUGUCUGCCCCUCUACGUCCUCAAGUACCUGCGAAGACGGUUCUCCCCUCCCAGCUACUCCAAGCUCACGUCCUAGGCUGUGCGCUCGGGGGGAGGACCCUGUCUCCGCGCCUUCCCGGUGGAUGGAGGUCAAGUCGGGUUGAUAGUCACCGCCACCUGUGGAUUUUGCAGGAAUUGCGACCACGUGCAGUUCUGAUGUGAAGAGGCCCUGGGCUUCCACGGAGCCCCGACCCUGAGUCAAGGGGAGGGAGGUUCCCGGGAGGGGCCCUUGCGGCCCGUCUGAACCCCCGGUGAUUGGCCUUUGAGUGAAUGUGACUACGUUACAGCCGGUGACUCGCUGAGGGGAUUUCUACAUGGGUCACUGUGCAGGCUUCCUUAUGACUUGAAUUUUGCUGUCAUGUGAUAAAAGUUUCUGUCCGGUUGAAGAUUGUAGCGGGUUUUUGUUUUGUUCUAAACAAUCCUAAUGUGUGUGCACUUUUUACGUCUUUCUGCUCUUAAACAACAGGUCUGAGAGAAAGUUAAAGCUCUUAGUAUUUGCGAGAAAAGACAGUGACAUUUGGUAAAAAGUUAACCAGACGGUAAUCUCAGCUCAGAACUGCUAAAUAGGCCCUUUGAGGUGGUCCUGCUUACUGAAGCUGCACGGGGUUCCUGGGGUUACAAAGGCAAACGAGAAGAGAGGGGGAGGGACCCUGAAUAAACGGGAGGGAGAGCCGAAGAUCCAGCACGUUAGCUUCCCUCUGAUUCAGCGUCUGCAGCCCGGGGGUUAAUGUCACCUGCCACCUCGUAAAAGAAUUUCAAAGGUGUUCUCUCGCUUUGUUUGGACCCAGUUACAAGCAUAAAGCCUGUGGCUAUCUGAGGACACCCUCAUACAUUUUCAGCAGAGUUGUUUUAGCAGGAAAUGUGCCACUGAACAGCCCUAAACGUGUCGACACUGUGAUAAGAGACCCAACUAAUUCUUCAGACAACACAGCACAUGUGGCUCAGAUCCUCUGAGUCCGUGGUGGAAAGGUCAGGGGCUGGGGCUCUUUCCUUCCACGGAAGUCUGUUUCCUGUUAGGAGGAAUUACUGAGGAUGGAGUGACAAAGUCAGAGGCAUCUUAACGCGUUGCCACUCGUCAGUGGCGGCUUCAAGCAAGGGGCCCAGUGGGAGGAGGCGAGGCUGCAGCUCCGGGGGCUGGGCUCCAUGCGGCUGCCCGCACGUCUCCCGGGGAGCUGGCCGACUCCUCUCCGCACCAGGCUGGGGCCCACGUGUGUGCGGUUCUCACAAAGCUGGGGCUUCUGGCUGCAGAGGCAGGAGAGGAUCUGCAAGCACACGGCAUGGCAGGGCAAGGCGUUCUUGGGUUUCGAGUCUCUCCUGGCAGAAGCCACAGAUUCUGUAAGGGUUAAGCUGGUAGAACUCUAGGAGCUGAGUGUUUGAUGUCUUGGAUUUGUGAUUCAUUCUUUAUGAGUACACGCCCUCCAGCCCUCCAGCCCUCCAGCCAGCUACUUCUUCAUGUGCUUAGUUCAGGGAUGGAAGUUACGGCCACUCUCCCCGGGGAAGGCUGCUCUUGGAGAGCUGGGGACACGAGGAACAGAUGGUCCUGGACUUCAGAGUGCUUAAUAUGCCUGUGUGUUUCUGUUGCCCUUUUAAAACUUUAGAGUGGCAGUGAAUUGGCUGUGACAUCACUUCUAUUUUUGUUUUAAGAUGCUGCAGUUUUGCAGUAUUUUUCCCCUUCUGUUCCAACCAUUUCUGCCAUACAGGAAGCGUCUGCAGAAAAUACAUGUUGCAUUGAGUGAAUGGUUAUUUAGGAGGAGGAUCUUUGUCCAGAGCUUUCAGAAAGGGUGAGUGAGUCUGACGUCUCCGCUGGGUGAUUUCAGAGGUAGAGCAGGUGGGAGAAAGUUGUGCUCAACAUUUCUGCUUGGACGUCAGCCUGAAAGUCUACAAGUAGUUCUACUCUUGAGUUCUCAAACUCGGAACCUAACCUUGUUGACAGACAGGUGAUGGCUCCUGCAGGUAGGUCUCAUGGAACCCUUGAUUGGAGAUUUUUAGAUGUUUCCAGCAGAUACAGGGAGUGAAGAUGGUCUCUUUGGUCUUUUCCCUAAUUCCCAGUUUUGGUCGAGGUGCUUGAAUUGACGUUGAAAGUCAACACCCAAAGUCCUGCUUGACGUCUUGGAGGGAGAAAGCAUCUCAGGGGCAGAAGGAGCCGUGCCUGGAAGCCACAGGUACCUGCUUGUGCCAUCAGCAGACCUCCUUGUUCUGUCGUCUCGACCACACCGUGGUGGAGCACUCAAAGGUGAAAAGGACCAAACGCAAGUGGAGGCCGCAGCCUCAUUGGAGAGCCACCCUGCCCGUGGGCAGCCUGCUCCCACCCCCCACUGGGGUUCUGGGGUGUCUGGAAGUGACACACGUGCUUCUCAAACUCUGGGGACCCACGGGGCAUGAGCCUCGCGUCGGCUGACCACACGGUCCUUUGCUGCACACACCAGCCCGUGAACCCUGCGGGGACCCGGCAGACGCGGGCACUCACUGUGUUAGCCGAGCCGUGGGGAGAUGAACAAAAAACCGAGCUGUUGUACUGGAAAGUCCCGAGUUCACAAACCUCAGCCAUGAGGACUCCGUUCACCCACCUGCAAGGAACGCAGGAAAUACCAUUGACACCUUGGAGCUCCGCUCGCCUUGGAACUCCUUGGAGCCGAGUCUCCAGCAGCCAGUUUGACCCGAGGCAGAGGCCCCCCUACACACAGUCAGUGCUGCUUAAAUACUUCUCGUCCAAGUAAAAAGUACAGCCCCCCCCCACAAGACAGCACUGGGUAUUUCUGUCCAAGUAACUCCCUUUGAUUAUUUUUAUUAUAUUUUGGGGUGAUGGUGGUGUGGGCGUGGGCAAGAACGGGAUCUGUUUGGUUUCUCUCCCCCCCCCGCCUUCCUCCCUUUCUCAAGGAAAAUGACCAGAAGGCUUCCCCAUCCUGAGUGAUUUCUCCUGCCUGUCCACUUUGAUUCUAAUUUUGAGAGCGUGUACGCGCUCAGAGAGCCAGGCUGCGCGGACUCGGGCUGUGAGGGGCACAGGACUGCCCGCAGCCACGGAGGGCAUCCUGGGAGCGCCUGGACGCGGGGCAGCCCAUCUGUUUACAGUCACCUGGAGCUGGGAGGCCCAGAGCGGGGGUUCCUCCCACUGUUAGCUCUGUUCUAUCCAGAUCCCAGACUCUCUUGCCUGAAGUGAAACCCCCUUUUUUGUAGCAGUGAUCUUAAAUACCAACGUCUGCUUACCCUGUUCCUCUGUGUGUUUUCUGCUGAAAAUUUAGGUUCUACUGACGAUGAUUUUGAAUGUAUUUUGGCUUUUGUGCACAUUGGAAGUUGACAUGAUGAUGCCUGCUUCUCUUCCUCCAGCCUUUUGCUUUUAGACUGUUUUUGUUUUGACUGGGGUGGGGGUGGGAACGCCCUCUCGCCUUUACGGGGCAGCGUUUUAAACCUCUGCCGAAAUUGCAUGUGGGACCUAUGUGUUGUUUUGCUUCAUCCUGUUUAAGGCAAACACCUAUCAGCCAUUUUUAUCUUUGACCUUUUUUGUGUGUCUGAAAUAUGUGUAUGUGUGAGUGUAUGAUGUCACCUCAGUUGUUUUGAGGACAUCUUUGGUUGUCAUUGGGUUAAAAUCCUGUCACUCCUGGCUUUGUUUUCCUUAAGAAAUAUGCAAGGAGCUUUGCAAAGACAACAGAUUUUAUUUCUCCCUUCUUUUAACGUAAAGCUUUUUUUUUCUUGUCAUUUGUAUGUACGUCUUAGGAGAUAUUUCCAUUAAUUAUGUCCAUUCCGUCUUGGGGGGAAAAACAUAUUUUGCUUUUGGAUGGAGCUGAGAAGCACGUGAGCAGCACAGCUUGUGCUUGGACCUGCGCGGCGUCCCCUGUGAACCUGUCUUCUCCAGCGCACUGUGGUUGGAGGCAUGGUCCGCUAGUGUCACGGGGCAGUGUCUGUGAAUACUGUUUCUGGGGGCAGGUGGGACAGGGGCGUGGUUCCCCCCUAAAAAAAAAUUGUGGCUAAUUUAUUAUUUCAUUGCAGUAGGGCUGACUGUAAACUCCUCUGGGACUCCAUGAAUUCCUCCUUAGAAUUCCUCUUUAUCUGUAAUCUGCAUUGCAAAGAUUCACCAGGACAGCGUUUUUUGAUUAGAGGGAACCUCUGGUACAGAGCUUUGAUUUAGCAGGAACUCUCGGAUGAUUUAAAUUCUCCAUCCUGUGAUGACGCACGUGCGAUCCUGCGUGAUGCUGAGUGGUUCUACUUUCAUUGUCCUCCAGCCUGGCCCAUUGCUGUUGCCCAAUAAAGCUUGUGUACCUGUGCCUUUGGGGGUCAUUUUAAUUCGUGCAGAAACAUGAAUUCUGGUGUCAAAAUGAGGGCUUUUUAGUAUAACGCUCUUAUUUUGUGUGUAUCUCAUGGUACAUAAAUGUAAAUUGGUUUUUCUCCAGUUAAAGAAUAAUUUUAAUUUCAGAAAAAAACCCAAACCAAAUCCCAAACCCAUGCAUUAUUUAUUAUUCUGUACUGUUGUCUGUUCCAGGCAUGUGAGAAUUUUAAAAAGUGAUUUAUAUUAAUAGAAAAAAAGGCAAACAUUUUAUUUAUACACACAGUGCUUGAUUGCUUGGCAGCCCCCCCCCCUUUUUUAUAAGCAAGUGAUAGAAAUUUAGGAAUAUGGUCACUUAAGUUUUAGGGAAGAAAGUUUAGGAAUAUGGUCACUUAAGUUUUAGGGAAAAAGAGCUUUUUAAACUGUGGUAUAGGAUGCAGGGGACGUCGUGUUUUAUUAAUUUAAUCCAGUGAUUCUUAAACGGGUGAUUUUUGUCCCACAGGGGACACAUGGCCAUAUCUGAAGCCAUUUUCGGUGGUUCUGUGCUGGCAUCUAAUGAGGAGAGUGCAGGGAUGCUGCAGGGAGACCCUACAACGCGCAGGACAGCCCCGCAACAGAAUCAUCCAACCCAGCAUCAAAAGUGUUGAGGCUGAAAAACCCAAACACAGUUUGCACGUGUUAGUUUUGCCAUUUGUAAGAGUCUUCACUUCCAAAGGAGCCCAGCGGUAUAAACCCCCAUCUCAGGAAGCCGGUCAGCCAUGCGUCCACCUGGCCGCGUGUUUUAUUAGCAGCUGUUUGCAGGGCAGGCUGCUGGUUUCCCCUCACUGGUUCCUGCUCGCUCGUGGGUUAGAAAGGGGAUUGUGCGUUAGCUGUGCCGCCAUCGAGCGCGGUCCCCUAGGCGCCCGGGGGGUGACGCGCCAGCUCUUGUGACCUGAGCUUGUAGGAGGAACAGAAGGACAGGACUUCUUAAACGCAGGCCGUCAGUGUGAAGUUUUCUGACUGCAUCUGUCGGCUGUGAAAUUCUGUUCAUGUGCAGACACUCCUCGUUUCGAGCCACUAGGGGGAACUUGAGGACUGAGAGACGUUUCUGUUUCCUGUUUUCGCCAACCCCGCAGGCGCAGCCUACCCGACCAAGUCUGUUUCAAGAUGCUGCUGCUUUCAGAGCUUCAGAAUUUAUUUCAUGGCCAACAGCUCCGUUAAAAACAGACAUUUCUUUUUAUGUUGUUGACCAGACUGUUUUGCUGGACUUAGCUUGAAAGAAAAAAAAA